GUACGUCACGCGUUCAUGAUCUUUCAUUCUGUGGAUGUAGUACGAUUCAUUGUGCGACCUCGUUUUGCAGAAAUAUCCGCCUCAACAUAAAGUGCUGGUCCUGGGGUUUCUUCAACACUGAGUUGGAGCCUCGAACAUUUCUUGAAAUUUUACUUGAACUGUGUCAUCAGAUGACAGCCAUGUCCGGUUCUACCGCGGCACUGGAAACGCAAAGCGCUCAGGUGUCGGCAGCUUCCGACUUGGGAACGGCAAGUGCUCAGGCGUCGGAAGCAGUUAUAGGCCCGGAAGUUGCUCCCGCUCCUGCUGAACGUCCUGAUGAAGUAAACCUCGUCGAUGAACGCUCCUCUGAGCGGGCUGUGUCAACACCACCUACAUACACAAGGCCCCUCCGCAGCUCCGUGACGUCACCCUAUGCCGUCCGUCGGCAAGCCAACAAUGGCGUCCGCUUGCUGUGGUUGCGUUCGGCAGCGAUGCUAUUUCGAAGACGAAUUCACCCGUUUUCUCGAUGUGAAACAGCGAACGAGCGUGUACUUCCGAAGAAUAGGAUCCUACUGCAGUGUCUGUGCCCAUAACUUACGGAAUAAUUGCGUACACAGCGGCAAGCCCAGCGACUUACAACUUCUGCUGCUAAGAGUACACGAAAGCACGAAUAAAGCGACUUCAUCAGAAGGCCUGGUGUUGGCCUGUGUAUUACUUCUUCUUGCAAUGGUUAUCCUCGUCAUCGCCGCAAGAACCUGGAUGCUCUUCAAGCAAGAUUCAGGAGACAUCCAUCAUCGAGUCCCAUCGACGACGCCAAAUGUCAUACAUGGCACAUCCAAUACAACGCAGGAUACGACGACGCCAAAACUCACACGUAGCACAACCACCACAACAAGUA